GUGGAAGAAUUGAAUUUGAGAUACUUAAAAAUACUGAAAUCACACAGAAUGAGACCGAUAUUUUAAUGGAAACAUGUGAAAAAUCAUGUGAAAAAUUAAAAGCUAAUAUUGAAGAUAAAGAAAAAUUUAUUACCGAUUUGUUAAAAACUAGAGAUACUUACAAACCUUUCAUGUAUAAGGGAUUUUUGUAUAAUAUGUUUAGAAAUAAAGAAGUUAUUUCUGAAUUAGGAAAUGAAAAGAUACAUGAUUUUGAAAUGCAACGUUUAGAAAAGAUAGAUAACUUAAAUCCAAAUAAAUUACAAUGGUUCAAUUACCUGUUGAAUAAACCUAAUAAAUUAGAUAUCGUUAACAUGUUUUGGAUCGUGAAUCAAACAUCAAACAUGAACCUCGAUAUAAACAGUCCUCUAUUGUUAAAAACUGCAAGGAGAUAUAAAGAUAAAUUACAUGAAUGUUAUUGGAAACAUGUCGAAUGUAUAAUAUCAAUUCUUGAAAAUAUCGAAUCAGAAACAGAUUGUGAAUUAUUUACAAAUAAUGGAUUGUACCAUGCAUUAUUCAAAGAUAAAAAUUUUCAGCAAAAAGUUGAUCCUGUAUUAGAAGCAAAACAUGAAGCUCUCGAUGUUUUUAUCAAACGAAAAGAAGAGUUAGAAGAUUUUUGUCAUCUGAGGUUCUUAAUAGAUGAUAUGGAAAACACACAUGAGUUUGAAGAAUUCUUACCAAACGGUGAUUAUAAACCAUAUUUUUGGAAAGAUAAUUAUAGAAUUAAUGAAAGUGAUGAAGAACUUGUUAAAAAACACUGGGUCGAGAAAAUGAAAAAGUUUACAAAAGAUUUAAAUGAUAAAAACAUCAAUUGGUUAGAAUAUAUCAAGAAGGAAUUACUAAAACUCAUAGAAGAUGAUCCCGCAAUAAAAAUAAAAUCAUUCCAUAUUAAAAAAGAAUUGUUAGAAAUACUAGAUAAGAUUAUUAAGGGUGAAGAAGUUACCAAAGAGGAAAUUGAAAAAAUUGGAACAAUCAAAACAAAUAUUCCAUUCACACCACCCAUCAUAAAACCUUCAGAUGAUUCUAAAAAAGAUUUGAGUGAAACUGAGAAUAAUCUACAAAAGGAUAUUGAAUCGAUAAAAAAGGAAAUAAAAGAUCUUGAAAAAGAAAAAUCAAAAGCAAAAAGCAUUUCUGAAAUCAUCGAUCUAAUCGAAAAAUUAGCAAAGGAUCGAUUACUUGCAGAUGAUAAAGAACAAACCUUGAAGGACAUAAAAUGGUUAAAGAGACAAUUAACCUUCACAACACUCACCAAAGAUGAAGCAAAUGAUAUAAUUAAAAAAUUCUCGUUAGAAAGUCGUGGUAAAGACCGUGUUGAUUAUCUUAAAGAAUUGUUUGAUGAACAUUAUAGCGAAGAAACAGUUGAAAAUCUAUUAAACGAUUUCAAAAAGAAUCAAGCUAUUCCCGCAUUAAAUCAUGAAAGUUCUUUACAUUACAAAACUAUUAAUGAAUUAAAGAAAGAAGCUGAGAAAAAAGAAAUCACCGAUGAUGAAAAAGAACAAGUUAAAACAUUAACAGAAAAAUAUAAUGGAAAAAUAAAUAAUAUAAAAAUCAAGAAAAGCAUACUAGAAGGUAAACCUAUUGAACCCGAUGAAAUUGAACUGCCAGAAUUUGAAGGUUUAACUGAUGAAGAACAAAAAAGAUUACAAAAAAUCGAUCAAAUAAUCAAGACAUCGAAAUCGGCGAAAGAAUUAGAUGAUAAGGAAAAACUUGAUUUGGAAAUUGAUAUGAUCUGUAACAAAUACCCCGAAAUUAGAAAAGAUUAUGAUAAACGUCGAAGAGAAAGAAGAGAUUAUAUUAUCAAUCAAUUAAAAGAUAAACCUUUAGCAAAAGAUCUGUUUGAUGAAUUGCAUGAAAAAUGUAACGAGAAAUACACAGAAUUAAUUGCAAAUAACGCAGAAGAAUUAGCAGAAGAAUUAAAAAGACAAAUCAAUAAAGAGAAAAACUCAAAAAAUCUCGAGAAUAUCAAGAAAAAUGUUGAUAAAUUAAAAGAAACUAAUGCUGAAUUGGGUGAGAAUGUCGAAUCAUUACUAGAACAAAGAUUAACACGAAUCAAAACAUAUGAAAAAAUAUUAGAAGAUAUUAACAAAGAAUCGGAUAUUGAAAAAUUAAACGAUAAAAAAGAAAUCGAUGAAGAAAUUCAAAAAUUAAAACAGGAUGAUACCGAAUAUCCAAACAAUCUCAUUACCGAAUUGACAAAACAACGAAAUAUCAAAAAAGAAAAAGUAAUUGAAACAAAUAAAUAUAACGAAUAUGAAGAAAUCAUCAAUGCUCCAUUUGACCAUCCACAAACUUUGAUAGAUGCGAUAGAUUUGGAUAAGAUUAAACAACUUGAUAAUGAUAAAUUAUUAGAUAAUAAACAAAAAAUUAAUUUAGAAAAUUUAUACAGAAAAAAACUUAAUGAAUUAAACACAAAAGUUGUUCAAGAAGAAAAAGAAAAAUAUAACAAGAUUGAAAAAAUGAUCAAAGAAUGUGAAGACCCCGUUCUGCUCAAUUCGGAAAUGUUUGAUGAAAUUUACAGGUUGAUUGAAAGCAUUGAUGAAAAAAUUAUUGGGCACGGAAAAAAUAACAUUUCAGAUGAAAAUUUAAAGAUUGCAUGGAAAUACAAAUCAGGGUUGUCAGUUGAUGAAGCAAAAGCAUGUGUGAAAAAUGGUUGGAUUAUUAACGAUGAAAUAAAAAUUGUUAACAAAAAACUUAAUUAUAGAAAAUUUCCAAAUAUAGACGUUGUAAAGAUAAAUAAAGAAAUUUUUGAUAAAGCAA